CCCCAACAAACAAUGCUGAGAACACAACUAGCUCGCAGCCUGAGGGCAGCCACCGCGCGCCCUCUCGCCGCGCGCGCAUUCCACACCACCCCCGCGACGCGCCUGCAAAACCUCUUUGAAACGCCCGAGAACCCGCCGCUCUCAGUCCACAAGCUGACCGACAAGGGCUUCAUCCUCUCCGACGGGCUCGUGGUCCCCGGCGGCGCAAUCUUCGCAGAGGGCAAGGUGUUCUUGUGGGACGUGGACCCGCCGCGCGGGGACGGGAGCCAGGGGAUCGACAAGGCGUGGGCCGGGUGGGGGGUGGAGCGGUUCGCCGUGUUUGAGCGGCUCGUCCCACGGCCAGAGAUUCUCCUCUUCGGAACCGGCGCCCGCGUGAUCCCCGCCCCGCCCGAGAUACGCGACUACAUCUCGUCGCUCGGCAUCCAGCUCGACAUCAUGGACACGCGCAACGCAGCAAGCACGUACAACCUCCUCUUUGAGGAGGGCCGCACCGUGUCCGCCGCGCUGUGCCCCCUCCUGCCCGUCGACCCGCGCACCGGCGGCCCGCGCAGCGCCUAAACCACCUAACUGUACUAUUAUGCAUCAUUACUCACACC